AUGAGUAUCCAAGAGGAAACACAAUCUGAAAAUAGGAAGAACAAGGGAAAAUCAAGUCAAGUACCAUCUGUUAAAGCUCAUUGGGAUGCAAAAUCAAAUGAGAUUUAUAUUAAGCUUUGUGUUGAGCAAGUGAAGGCUAGACACAAACAUGGCUUAGGCCGUGAUACAUUGAUUGGAGCCAUAUCUGCAUCUGAUGAGUGGUGGACCAAGAAAUUUGAGCUGUUGCAGAGGUAUCCUGAUGCUGCUAAAUUUCGACAUAUGCCGUUGCAAUUCACUGAUAACUUAGAUAUACUAUUCUCAGAUGUAACUGCUACAGGAGAAUGGGUAUACACCCUUAGCUCAGGGGUUAUGCCUCACACUGACGAAACUCUGGAGGAAUUUCAUACCCCACAUGAUGCUGAAUUUCAUGAUGAUGCUGAUUUAGAGGUGGUUCAUCCUUCUGAUUUAAACAAAAAACGUCUAUCAAACACUAAUGGUUCAUCAAACAAUUGCAAGACAAAGAAGAAAUUUUUUGGUACAGCUCUACUUAACAAGACACUUGAUCGUAUAGUCAAUGUGGUUGAGUCAUCUUUAGCAACUUCAACACAAACCUCAUCAAGAUAUCCUUCAAUUGCAGAAUGUUUGGCAAAGUUAGAAAACAUCCCUAGUGUGUCCCCAGAUGAUGACCUGUAUGUAUGA